AAUAAAAAUAGGCCAGCCAGACUCCGCGUAAGCACUGCAUGGCCUCUGACUGAGUACACUAACAACUAGGCCUCCGUAGCAGAAAGGUAGGCCUCUACACUACGAAUACUGCUAUAAUGGCCUAGGCCUCCACAGACGGACAGGUCUAGGCAUAAAGCUUGCUCAGCCUUGGUUAGGACGCAACCUCAACCUUCUCGGACGUCUUGUAUUUAAAAGCAGAUCUGGGAGAUGAGUUUAGCAGUUGCAAGUAUUAAAUGGCUCGAUCAUCGGCAUCCAGCUGGGAACAAGCCCUGUCCAAGACAAGGGCAUGCCACUGCCAUGGUUAAUGACACCAUAUACAUGUUUGGGGGCAGUAGAGGACUUGAUCACCCAACCAAGAAAACUUCAUACUUUAGUGACAUGUUCAGACUAAGUGUUGGAAAGCAACCCGAGUGGGUAGAAGUGACUCAAGGAGGUGAUAUCCCAGAAGCCAGAGAUGGUCUAACAUUGUGUGCUGUUGGUAGUGAGUUGUUUUUAUUUGGUGGUAAGAAUCAUCCGAAUGCCAAGCAGUGUCUUCCAGGAGUCUACAAAUGCGAUACAUCUAAUCACCACUGGGUAAAAUGUAAGACGAACGGCCCUGAGCCUGUGACUUUAAGCCAUGAUACAGCCGUCGUUCGUGAGAACCUGUAUGUGAUUGGUGGAAUUAGAGAGGGUCAAGCAACCAAUCGGGUGCAUCUGUUUCAGACAGCAACUUCAACAUGGACUCUGUUGCAAACCCAAGGAAUUAUACUCACCCCAAGAUGCGACCACCGCUGUGCUGCUGUUGACUUGAAAAUAUAUGUGUUUGGUGGCUGUCGUGGAUACCAAAAAUGCCUGAAUGAUGUUUAUAUUCUGGACACAGAUUGUCUGGUUUGGUCAAAACCAGAGGUCAAAGGUGAUGUGCCUUGUGUGAGAGGUUCCCAUUCAUUAACAGCACACUCCAGCAAGUAUUUAUACAUUUUUGGCGGACUAAGUGUUGCUGGUACAUCCGACAUUGUCCUGGAUGAUCUCUACAAACUGAAUCUGGACACUCUUACAUGGAAGAAGCCAUUCUUUACUCACGUUUCACCAGCUAAACGCUUCAAUCACUCGGCCACUAUUUACAAAAAUCAUUUAUAUAUCAUGUAUGGUACUAACGAAAAUGAAGACUUAUUUGACGUCAGCAUUGCACGACUUAUCAAUCCAUCCCACAGGAAACCAUUGACACUGCCACCAGAUGAAGUCCAUUCCUUGCUUCGUAAAGAGAAGAAGAGAGAGAGACAGAAACUGUUCUGAUCAAGAAAUUAUCUACAGUAAGAUCUCUCCUAAAGGAGACAAUUUUUUCAGCCUCGAAAUGAAAAAAUACAGUUAUAUCUUUUCACACUACAACCAACCUCAUUAAGGGGACAGCCAACCCCAUUAAGGGGAUCCCUUAAUAUGGUUCUAUUGUAUAUUUAUAAUGUUUAUGAGGCAAUAGAUUAUGUUUUCUGGUCUGAAGAUGUAUCAUAUAAUGAAACUUUAUAUACUUAUGUGAAUCUCAGAUUAAUCUCAUAUAUGGUAUAUUUGUGUCUGUGGGCAAAACAGCCACACAAUUGAUUAUAAGUGACAGGUAUCUGCAAUUUUUUAUGUUAAAACUUUAUUCAAUAAUCGGAACAUACACCAGUAGCUUUAUACCAGUUUGCCAGAGUAAUAACAUCUUGUAACUUAACUUAGUAUUGAAAUUAGUCCUCUAUAAAUUCUAUAUAUAAUUUAUUAUUACCUUUUGCUGCAUGAAUACAACAUUCCAUUUGGGAAAAGGGCAAAGAUAAAAUAUACAAGCCCGAGAACUUGCCAUUGGACAAAAAACUAUAGCAACUACAGUCUGUCUGUUUUAAUAUAUUUCAACCUUUUGAAUGUUAUUUUUUACUAUAAAUUAGUAAGUAAGAAAGUGUAAUACAACAUUUCAAAAACUACACUAGCACCUAAUUCAUUAUUAACUUCUUCUAAUUAAAGACACCUCCAAUUAAAAACCACUUUUCUGUGAUCCCAAAUUCUUUUACUCCAUAUUAAUCCAAAUUGUUUGUCUCAAAGCUCCUGCGCGCAUUAGUAAAUUCAUGCACGUUGUUCUCGCUUAAAAAGGUAGAAACAUUUUUUUUUUCAAA